AUAAAUUACGCAUGCGCAAUGAUGGGCGCUUUAAAAUAAGUCUUGAGGAGGGAACAUGGAAGCCGCUGCAGGUGAACUGGCAUAACAGUCGAGGUGAACGGUGAGAACAUGGGCAGGCGUCGCUGGAUGAGAAAGUGGUUCUGGUUCUCGCCAUGAGCAUGAGAGCGACCCCGUUCUGCAGCACCCAAGCAGGAUUCAAGCAGGACAAAACCGACACAUUUGGCUUCGACAAAACCCACGUCGGUGGAGCUACUGUGAGUCCAGUGAGCCGAAAGAGGGAGUCCUGCGAUUUGGUCACGCAUGCUGAGGACUUUCAGGCGACCAAGAGCAGAUCCAGGGACAUUGACCAGACUUGCAUGAACAGCAAAGUUGCCUUUGCAGCCACAGUUGCUGAAGCACUUCCAGGCGACAAUAACGCUGUGGGGGUUCUGUCCCCAGGCAGACCAAUGGGGGGUGAGGGAACCCCAGUGAAAGGUAAACCCCUCUCUGUUGACAGAAUGGAUCAGAUGGUACUGAACAAUAACACCAAGGAUGGCGAGGAAAGCGCUAAGGGGGUUGUCCCGGGGAUCAUGGGCAGCGCCUCAAUUGAACUCUCAUCUGAGGGCAAGUGGAAGAACAUCAGGAAGACCCCAUCCAACCCUCAUACCCAGGCCAAUUGCCUCCGCCAGAUUCUGCUGCUGCAGUUGGAUCUGAUUGAGCAACAGCAACAGCAGCUGCAGGCCAAAGACAAGGAGAUAGAGGAGCUCAAGACAGAGAAAGACACGCUGCGUGCUCGCAUUGAGCGCAUGGAACGGCGGCUGCAGCUCACAAAGAAAGAUCCUCCACGUGACAAACGUCUAUUCCAGCCUCUGGAGCCAUGGACCCCUGACAAAGAAGACAUGUGGGAUCUGGAAGGGGACGACCCCCAACAGACUACGCCCUCCUCUCAGCACUCACUUAGCCGAGGGAGUAAAGUCAAUAAGAGGAAGCCUUGUUUCACUGAUCCAAAAGUCCAGAAGCUGUCCCGAAGCAAAAGUGUCAAACUAAGCCCGCAAAAGCUGGAUGUCCAUCUGGGGUCUCCCCCCUCCAGGGAACUGCGGAGUAAAGACACUCCUGAGAAUACUGACCUACAGAUCAAAGCAGAGCCAGACCUUGGCUGCCAGAUAGAAGAUCUACCUUUCAUGUCCACCACUGAGAUGUACCUGUGCUGCUGGAAUCAGCCACCGCUGUCCCCUCUCAGAGAGACCUCCCCCCAGAAGGAGGAGGAGGUGGCCAGUGAGUCCACUUUCCACAAAGACACUAAAGUCUCGUCUUUCGGCUGCCUCACAGUUCCCUCAUGGCGGGAAAAUUAUAUUGAGCCGAUGGAAGAGGAGUCACCAUGUGACUUGCUAGAGAUGUUAGAUGAUGGCACCUUCCUGAAGCGUCAUGCCAAACUGGAGUUGGAUGAGAAGAGAAGGAAGAGGUGGGAUAUCCAGCGAAUCAGGGAGCAAAGAAUGUUUCAGCGUCUGCAGCAGCGGAUGAACAGGAAGAAGAUUGUCCAGGAGAGUGAACCUGAGCUGUCAUCCUUCUACCCCGACACUGAAGAUGUGGAAGCCAUCGUGGUCACUCCCUUCCUGCCUGUUGUGGCAUUUGGUCGACCGCUCCCCAAACUUACACAACAGAACUUUGAGCUUCCCUGGCUGGACGAACGGAGUCGCUGUCGCAUUGAAGUUCCCAAAAAACAAACUCCUCACAGGACCUGUCGAAAGUGAACAAAAUCAUCUGUUUACGUCACCCUUCAGGGGUGUCUGUUGUCAUGGGCACGGUGGACUUUGGUUCUUUUCUUCCUCUUCUUCCAUCUUAGAGAGCAAAGCGGUGAAUGUUCCAGCAGAGAGGGAAAUUCCUCAGACGUGUUUGACUUGUUUUCUUUGCUGCUUAAACAUCGAGUCAGGCAGGAUGUUCAGAUGGGGCCUCCUGAUAAAAACUGGAUCAUAAGCUCCAAGUGGAUGUUGUUCUGUACCUCGGUGAAAUCCAGCAGCGUCUGGAGAUAUUAGCAUGAUUGUUCAACAGUAAACUGUAUUAAGCCGAAUGCGGUUAACAACUAUUUUGUGAGAAAGCGGGCAUCUUUUUCUCUGCUGAAAUCAAACUGCAUGAUGUCCCACAUGUCGCAUGAACUCGCUGCUUCCAACUUCAUGUGGCUUCAAUCAGCUAUUAAACAGGUUCAAAUCCUGCAGCCCAAAACCGUCAACUGGGUUUGAACAGAAUAGAACACAAAAGAUAGUUAGCUGUAGUCAUAGCGUCUGCCAAGCUGUCAUUUAUCGAAAUAACUUAAGAGUAUCAGACCAGGACAGGUGGUCUUGUACAUAGUUUCAACAAAUAAAUGUACAUAGAAACAUUGCUGUUAUUUUUUUAUUAUUUAAUGUUAGUGUCCUGUUCAUUUGUUUUCAUUCUCAAAAAUAAAAUAACAUGUCUUCAC